GGCGUGGAUACGUGACCCCGCCCUCCGCCCCCAUGGCCCCGCCCUCUUCCGGGUAACCGACCCGACCCGACGCUGGGGCCCACGGCGCAGGCGCAGUCCGCUAGCAGUUCGGCGGAGCAGUAGCUGGGGCCUUCCUGUUCAGAGUUCACUCCAUCCCUUUUGUGGCCAUCAUUGACAGCAUUUGACCCUUCUACCUUAGAGAAAAUGGUGAAUGUCUUGAAAGGCGUGCUUAUAGAAUGUGACCCUGCUAUGAAGCAGUUUCUGCUGUACUUGGAUGAGUCAAAUGCCCUAGGGAAGAAAUUCAUCAUACAAGAUAUAGAUGACACCCAUGUCUUUGUACUGGCAGAGCUGGUUAACUUCCUCCAGGAGCGAGUUGGAGAGUUAAUGGACCAGAACUCUUUUCCUAUUACACAGAAAUGAAAGAAAUGGGACUUAAUCUAUCUCAGAAACUCUGAAAUUGUAAACAACAAACAAAAAACCAAGAUUUUUUCCAUCUAGCAUUUUAUGAGACUGAUUACAUAAUUAGGCAUUUAUGUAGCAAUGGUUAUUGCAUAAAUGCAUGUCCUCAGACUAAAUGUUCCUAAAUUGUUUGGUUCUGUUCAAUCCAUAAACAACAUGAAUAAAAAACUUUACUAGAUUUCCCUUU